GUGGGGACGUGUGGGGAAAUGCUUUGCUGGGGCACGGUGGGUCGCAAACAGGGUAGAGCCAAGUGUGAAUGUAUCUUGACCUAUAUGAUGGGUGGGUGUGCAUUGGGAAUGUCGCUGUCAGCCCCACAAAUGGUUGUUUCUGAUGGCUCUGAUCUGUUGGUAACUAGGAAGAUAUUAGCUUAACCAGAUACAUGUAAACUCUCCCUUCUCCUCAACAGUAAAAUUUUAUUACAGCCCUAUCCUGCUAUUCUGAAAAGUGGCAUGGCUAGCUAUGCAGUAGCUGAUAAAACAGAUUUUACCAUGAGAAGCUGUGUUACGUGGGGUAACAUGUGCAGGGAGUUAUGAAAUGUACACAGUUUAAAUACACAGAGGUGUGAUGCAGAAGAUGGGAUAGUAGGAGUAGGCUCAUCAGCUGGGGUGGUUGGUGAUUUUUAGCAGUCAUCUUUAAAAAAAUAAUCACCAUUCUGAAAAAUCUUUACCCCUUCCUCAGUGAGAUUGAACAUCCAGUGUAAAUCUAUUGUAAGUGUUCUUGCAACCUCUUUCUGGAUGAUUGCAUUUUCCUCAUUGCCACCAUCUUCAUCAGGUGGUUCAAGAAAGGUCAAGUCAGUCUAGGCUGAAGGAUGGAAGAUGUGGGGGGUGUGGGGAGUGGUGCUGAUUAGCAGAGGGGAAAGUUAAAGCAGUCAGUGAUGCAGCUAUGAAACUGUGGCUAGAGAAGCAGUGGAUAAUGGGAUGUUGCUCUGAGGAGCCACUCUCCACCUCUUCUAUCUGCAAGAGUAAAAAUAGGGCUUUUAUUUUUUCCCAGACCUUUUCUAUUGAUUCUGUCUUUUUAACUCUUGUUUUGCUUUGCUGCUUCUUCCUACAGAGUUAUUUUUAGAGAGAAUUCUGUAAUUAUUGCUGUGUGGGAAUACUGUUACUGCAAUUGUAACUUUCUUCUUACUAACCCAAUUCUCUUAUACAGCUGAAUGAGCUGGUGGUGGGAGACACCAACGGGAAACUCUAUGUUUACAAGAAUGAUGACAGCAAACCCUGGGCUGUGCGAUCUUGCCAAGGAAUGCUCACAUGUGUUGGCGUGGGAGAUGUAUGCAACAAAGGAAAGAAUCUCGUGGUGGCAGUAAGUGCAGAAGGCUGGUUUCAUCUUUUUGACCUGACUUCUCCAACUUCAAAACACCCAGAUGCUUCAGGCCACCAUGAGUUGGCAGCAGUAGAAGAGCAGAAGCCAGUGUUCAAGCAGCACAUUCCUGCCAACACCAAGGUCAUGCUGAUCAGUGACAUUGAUGGAGAUGGGAAGUGUGAGUUGGUGGUGGGUUACACUGACAGGGUGGUGCGUGCCUUCCGCUGGGAGGACUUGUCGGAGAAUUCAGACCAUGUCUCUGGGCAGCUGCUCCUGUUGAAGAAAUGGCUGCUAGAAGGUCAGGUGGACAGCCUGUCUGUGAACCCAGGCCCUGAUGGCUCACCAGAGAUGAUGGUGUCUCAGCCAGGCUGCGGUUAUGCCAUUCUGCUGUGCACUUGGGACUCUGAGCAGCAGGCCAUGACAGAGGGAAGAGAGAACUCUGCCCAAAGCAGCGAGGCCCCUAUUCGAGAUGUUAUUCUACACCAAACAUCUGGACGGAUUCACAACAAGAAUGUUUCCACUCAUCUAAUUGGUAGCAUUGGCCGAGGCUGUUCCAGUGAGAAUAGUGGCUCAGGUCUCUUUGCUCUCUGUACACUGGAUGGGACAUUGAAACUCAUGGAGGGAGCAGACAAACUGCUGUGGUCUGUGCAGGUUGAUCACCAGCUGUUUGCUCUGGAAAAGCUGGAUGUUACUGGCAAUGGGCAUGAGGAGGUGAUCGCCUGUGCAUGGGAUGGUCAGACAUACAUCAUCGACCACAAUCGGACUGUUGCCAGAUUUCAAGCAGAUGAGAAUGUUAGUGCAUUCUGUGCAGGCCUCUAUGCAUGCAAAGGAGGAACCAACAGCCCCUGCCUGGUUUAUGUCAGCUUUAACCAGAAGAUCUACAUCUACUGGGAUGUGCAGCUGGAAAGAAUGGAGUCCACCAACCUGUUGAAAAUCCUGGAUUGUGACCCAGAGUUUGGGAAUCUUCUGCAGCAGCUGGGUGUGGAAAGAGGCGAUGUAUCUGCUGUCAAAGAUCUGAUUCACAAAACACUGUAUUUUCCUGAGAAACAGGAGCAGAGCAGCCCCUCGCAGUGUCAGGACCCUGCUGGAACAGACUCCUCUGCCCACUACGCUGUCAUCCAGGAUCCCUUAUAACAAGUCAUGUGGAGGUUGACAUCUUUAAUAUUAAUCAACGCAAACUCUUCUCUGACUGGAAUUGGGCAUCUAAUUAAGAUGAGACUGGAAGCUUUGACAAAGAUGGGAAAAAAACAGGCAGCAAAGGGAAAGGCAGGCCAGGUUCUGUGGAGGGAUGUGAUUGGCUGUAGGCUUGAGUGAAGGUGGUGGGUGGAUUUGCUUUUAGCUGGGGAAGCUACCAGAACAUCAAGAGUCCAGGGUCCUGCUCAUUGGCCUUCCAUUGCCAGUUUCCAUGUUCUUCGCUAGCUAAAGCACUUUAUGGGUGACUGUGAAGGAUUCACCACUGAGGACAUAGGUGGAGAGAAUAGCUGAGCUUAGUCUCUGUUUUGGCCUAUUCUCACAACUGCUGUAGUGAUUACUUCUGGGUUCUUACCAGGAUCAUGGUGCAGGUGAAGGAACUAAGUUAGGGAACAGGCAAGGGCCUUCUCUCCUAUUUAGAUAUUUUCUUAAAGUAGACCCAGGCAUUGUUUGCCUUUGCUCUGCUGGUGCUCUUCUACCAAGUAGUUUCUCACAAACCACCUCCUGUUCUGAGGAGCUGGAGACAUACGUGAGAAGAACCACAAUGUGCACUAAGAAAGUGUCGAGAGGUAACGGCUCCGGCAAACACCAGCUGUACUCAAGAGGCAUUGCUUGUCUCCUUGGGCAGGGUGAUCCCAGAGAUGGCUGUGACUCAGCAAAUCAGCUGUGAACUGAGCAGUAAGAGGAUUCUGUCUUAACCAUGGAUCUGUGGUGUCAUGAGAGCUUGGACAUUCCAUAACAAGCAGUGGAAAUGCCACACUUCCCUGUUGUAGAGAGUGCCAUGCUAUUUUGAGUCCUGCACAAUUGAAAGAGGUGGACUGGAGGUGAUGUUCCACUUGCUGGUACGCAGGGUCUGGAAAAUGCCAUUGCUCACCCAGGCUGCUCGUAUGCAAAGGCCCAGGCAGGAACUUUUCCAUCUGCUGCUGGUGUUCUGCUUUUCCCAAUCUCAGCUUGCCCCUUGCCUAACUCAGCUUAUUAGGAUAGGAGCAGCAGGCUCACCUGCUGUUUUGCAUCUAUUAUCUUCUCUCAAUUGUGUGAUGUUUUGUUAGAUGUGCAUAAUGGAUGGAGCUGUCCCUUCACCCUUGUGGCAGCCUGAAUUAAAGCAAAUAUAAUUCAGUGAUCUCUCUUUAGCAAACAGUAACAUUUAAAGACCCUGUAGGCUGUUGAAAACCUGUUCUGUACUCGGCAAAACAUCCAAGGGCAGCCCUAACAGGGAGAAAGAACUUUGUACAGAGGAAAGGAGUGUAUUGCCCCUGGGUCAAAGGCACUGUGUGGUAGAAGAGCAGGAUCUUUACAUAAUAAGCCCUAGCUUUUCUUUGCAUUUUCCAUCCAUAGAUUUGUAUAAGCUUUAUAGAGGACAGCUUCCAUCCCCUUUGUUUGAUAGCAGUGAAAGUUGUAGCAUGGAGCAGUGAAAUGGUAUGACCUGCUCUGUACUAGCUAGCUUGCUUCUCAGACUACUCUGAGUCUUCUGACUCUGUAACUACAGUGGAAGCUUCUCUCCAUUUUAAUGACCUCACUGAGAAGCGUUUUUAAAUGUUCCCCUGUCAUACUAAGUGCUUGUGUACAAAUGGACCCUUCAGGCAGGAGCUCUUAACUCAUAAUAGUGCUUUAGUAACAGUGGCCUUCAGAGCAGCAGGGCUUGAGUUUGUCAGCUGUGGAGAAUUGAUGGGAUAGGGACCAUCUACUGAUGGCCUAAAGCAAGGAGUUGUCGUGAAGCUUGUCAGCUCUGGACUGUAACAUCAAGAAAUUGUCAGCUCUCAUGAUUCAGAGAUGUACAGUCACCCAUCCCAGUGGGCAAUCGCCACAGCUUCUGGCAAAUUGCAGCCCUUGGGCUCUCAUCAGUCUCAUAGUCCUUUCCUAAUGAGGAUGAGUCUUGUUGGGGCUAUCAGUCAACUAGAUCACAGUAUAUUGGCUCUUGCUCCUUCCAGGUUUGUUUCCCAAAGCCGAAAGCUGCUCUUCCCGAUCACCAGAACAAGUAAGGAUUCUCCCUUCAGGUGAAGUAGUAGCAGUUACUACUAUUACCUCCUCUUGGGUCCCAGCUGAGUUGAGGAGAGGCGGAUGUCCCUAAAGGUGGGCUGAACGGUUUGGGUUUGCUGUAUUCUGAGAUGCUUAACACCUAGCCCUAUUGCUACCUGAUUUUAAUCUUGCACUUCCAAACUGGGGGAACUGACAUGAAGAGGGACCACAGAAGAGCAGGACUCUGCAGAGCAGUUUCCAGAAGCAUACAACAGAAAUUAUAUUGUAGUGAUGUCCCUGAACAGGCCUGUGUCUUGGCAUAUGCUGUUCUUUCAUCCUGAACGCAGACUGCUGUUCUUCCUCUACUUAAGGUUGUGUAUUUUCUUGUCCCCCCCACCCCAGUUCUGUGGCUUCUGUCUUCCCCCACCAGGGACAGAAGCAGGAUGGUUAUAAGCAACAGAAAAUAGUAAUACCUGAGUUUUCAGUCGUGGCUCUCUCAACCUGGUAUGGGUACUGCUGCACAGGCGAUGGGGCUCUUCUGCUGUGUGUGCUUUGACAAAAACAGGUGGAAUCCUACAACAACUUGUGCCUGCAUAGCCCCACUCAACGUUGUUUGACUUCGGUGGGGCAGGUGUUCUCCACAGAAGUACUUUAUCUCUUGACCCACUGCUGGAACCUCAGAGGUUCCAGCUGCAAUUGCCUGGAGCAUUUUAUUUGCCUGAGGGUUGGGCCAGGCUGAGCUAAUCUGGUAGCUGGGUCUUAAAGGUAUUGCAGUGCCGCUGUAAUUCCUUCUUGAGGCCUAACAAGAAACCUGGAUUGUCUACACUCAUAAAACAACUCAAUGCUGUCUGUCCAUGCCAAAUAUAAACCUUUAUUAGCAACACAAGCACAAGGGGGAUGCAAGUGGUUGUAUGAUUGAAACUGUUUUAUGCAAAACAAACUUUGCUGUACAGGUCAAAUGAUUUCCAAGGAAGGAAGGCCAAAUUGAUCCACUGCUGGACUGUUAAUAGUUGAGAAGAAACAGGAAAGGGUUAAUUGAGGAAAGAUGACAUUUUCCAAUGAACCGUCUUUAAAAGAAAAUGAGACAAAAACAAUGCAAAUGUUGGACAGGGCUACCUGUGCAACCUAGCCCUCUUCUCUUGUUGGCUUGAGGAUAACAUUGCUGUAUGCUGUGCAAGUGCACGCAUGCUGUGUUGUGGAAAGCAGAGGUGAGAAGAUACGGAUGCUAGAUAUCAUCUGUCCCCCAAAACUUUUCAGCUCUUAAAACCAUUUGAGAGGAAAAAUAUUAGCAUUUGAGGGUUUCCUGUGACAGUUUUAUAUUGCUUACAGCACAUAAUAACUUGCAGAUGCAUUUUGCUCCUAUGCCUCUGGUGCACAAAGGAAAAUGAAAACCGUCUACAGAAGAAUUGAUUGGAACUUCUCUACUGUUCCUUGGCUGAAAGAUGACUUUUCUUUUUUCAGGCGCUGAACUCCAAAGUGACAAAUUAAUAGGCUGGCUACAGUCAAUACUUCCUCAAGUCAGUGUUUCAGGCUACUUCCACUGGCAACAAUUUUCUGUGAAGCAUACAUCUACUUGGAGAAGGAGCCGUGUAGGCUCUGUAUCUGGACUGAUGGAAUUACAUUCAUUGUAACUCAUUGCUGUUUGUCCUUGCCAGCCAAUGCAAGCUACAGAGUUGAAAUUACAAGUUGUUCCUUCCCACACAGCAGAAAGUGUUUGCUGUAUCCUACUCGGUAGCAGAUUGAUGUACCCACUGGUACCAGGAAGCUUUUUGACAGGGCAGGAUUUGCAAGACAUGUUUGUAUGUCCCAGUGCCAGCACACAGCAAGUGAGUAGUCCAACAGCAUUCUCAGACAGUGGGGGCGUUCGCAGAUAAAUGAUUCAUGGCUUUGGUUGUAAUGCUCAAUUUACUAGCAAGAAAAUAAAGGGAAGGGGUUGUUUUAUUUUCCUGAGACAUAAUAAAUCUGCUGGCCAUCCCUGCUCUCAUUUUUAUGAUCUCUCUGCUGGAUGCAGUUAUUUCUGUAACUCUUCAGUUAUAUCCUGGCAUUUGCCAGUGGAGUGUCUGACUGCAAACAUAGGUAGGUGGCCCAGUGGUUUUCAGUUCCAUAACUCACCCACUAGUAGUGAAAGAAGCAGCAGGCCUCUGGGAAUGUGGAUGGCUGGAGCUCCUGUUCCAUUCAAAACCAAGUGACCCCAAGCUCCUGGAAAUAGUCCUAAUUAUAGCUUUGGCAGAGUGCAUGUUCUUGGGAUAGGUUUGCCUCUUGCAUAUAGGCCUUGUAAGGGGCUUCAGAAGUCCACUCCCCAUCCCUGGGCAGGUUCAGCCAGAUGUAUCUCACACCAGCCAUGUAACACUUGUUUCUCUGUUCCAAAGACUUGCUGUGACAGAUGCUUCCCUGCAGACUGUUUCACAGUGGCUGCGUCCGCUCUGCUGGAAAGUAGCCCUAGUAGGAGCUGACUACCAAGGUGAUUCAGAGAGAUUAUCCCUAAAAUAAUAACAUUUCAUUGUCUGGAUUGAAGGGAUGGGGCUCAUCCUGAGUAAGCCAGUGUUAGACACAUACAGGAUGUGCCUAUGUCCUGCUCUGAGGUGGCAGUUUGUACUAAAUUUCUACUUUCCAUAUGAAAGCAUUAGCAUUUUUUGAUCUCCAGUGGAAAAGACCUUUAGAUAGCUCCUUCCUUCCCCUUGUCCCCCAAAAGCAAUAGAGAUGACUGGAAUUGGGGGUAGAGAAGUGUAUCUGUAUAAUAGGCUUUUCUGAAAGGAACUACUAUUGAGACAGUCUUCAGCCUUGCUAGCCCGCUUAAUAAUUACUUACUGGGUUCCCUAACAUAGGAAGACUUCUAAAAAUUACCAUGAUUGUAGAUGGGGUUAAGUUUGCUUCUUUGAGAUGUUGUACGUCCUGUUUUAUAAUCACAUCUUUUAAAGCUAAGAUUUGUGUCUUUCACAAUGGAAGCUGGGAUUCCCAUGUAAUGACAUGAAAAUGCUGGUCUGUGGAGAAAACAGCAGUUUGGGCAAGAAUUCAGAAUACAUGUGUUAAGGUCAGUAACAACAUGUCAUUUAAUGCUGUGGGACUUUGGGAGAUCGAAACCCACCAGGAGUUCUGUUUGACGAGGAGGAAACCCGAUACUGAUACUGUAGGAUUAGACUGUGAUUUAGGGAAUGAGUUGAAGUGAGGUGUCAGCCAUGGUGUUAUGACCUGCAGUUCUCAUUUAGUCAUAUAACUUCUUUUUCUGUAAGCUCUGCCUGCAACAAAACUUGAUGGAGAGGUUCCAGGACAAUCGUUGGCAACAGUUUCCUCAGGUCAAAGAGACCUUUACUGUGUGGACCUGCAUGUUCAACUGACAUGGACAGGAGGAAGGUGAAAAGUAUGUCUUCUGCUCUGGAGCUGAUUUCAUAGCUGAAAAGAAGAGCGCUCACACACUAAUUUAGCACUUCCUUGGAAACACCCUCUCUGUGACUGACAAGUGGCACAGUCUACAUUUACACAUAGAAUCGUUAAGAACAAAGAGGAAAGGCUGGCAAGAUAGUGGCACAAUGUGAGAGAGCGUUAGCAACCAGGAAAGUGUUAAAAGGAUUAUCUAAGAAGUCAAGAAUUCCUUUUGGAAGAAGCAAAUUUGUCACUUACCAGUGUGGAAUAAUGAACGAUUUGCUUGGGGGAAGGUAAGGAGCACGCAAAGAAGGAUUCAUUAUGCAAAGAAGAGAGGGACAGAUAGGGCUAGUGAUUUACACCUACUGUAGCACAUUAAUUUGCAGAGGAACCUGAACUAUUGGUGAUUUGAGAAAUGAGGCAUGUGAAUCACAGAAAGGCUUCAGGAGGAAGGUGAGCAAAAGCAGUUAGCCGAAGGCUGACAUGUAAGAGCAACACCUGGUGAAUUCCAACAGCAGCAAGUGUGCAAGUAUCUGCAGGGCUGUAAGUGACAGGCACUAGUCAAAAUAGAAUUGUCAACUCAAAGUCGUGCCAGUUUUCUGUAGGAUCCCAUCCAGCACCCUGUAAAUCAUUGGAAAGAUUCCUGUUGGCUUCAAUCUGAGUUCAGGAAGACUACUACUUACCUAGACCCUCACCCUAGACAGAUUCCAGCUCUGAAACACCUGCCAGGCCUGGCUCUCACACAGGAGUGGCCAGGACUGAAAGCUGUUGGUGGCCCUCACUUUCCCUUGGCAGCCCUUUGGCAGGCAGCCCUUUCACAGCCACCCCCAACACUGAGGUUCUACUCUUGCUCUACCACCUAACCCUCGCCUGCCCCCUCACCAGAGCCCAGCUCCAAAAUGCACACCCACCACCUAGGGCUCCCACACAGAAGUGACCAGGACUGAAAGCUGUUGGUGGCCCUCCGUUUCCCUUGGCAGCCACUUGUGGGCACCAGCAAAACCUGGCAAAAGCUGUCAGGCACUCUGGAAGGCAGCAGAGCCUGCCUGGGCAUCAGCAAAGCCCAACGAAAGACCUGGGGUGCUCUGAAGGGAGGCAGGGCCCCUCGAGGACCUCACAAAGCCUGGCGAAAGCCCCGAGCACUCUAGAAGGCAGGAAGGUCCCUUUGCAGGCUUCCACGAAGCCUGGCUAAAGCUUUGGGCACUCUGGAGAGAAGCAGGGCCCCUUGCAAGCUAAAGCAAACCCCAAAGCGCUAGGGCACGCUGGAGGGAAGGGGGGCCCCUUGUGGGCACCGGCAAAAGCCAUCAGACAGUCUGGAAUGCUAGGAUUAGGGUAAGAGAGAGGGCUAGGGCAUAGGAUAUGGUAAGGCAUAAUAUGCCUUUCUCUUUCCUCUGGUACAGUCUCUUCAUCUGUGGAUUUCAGAGCAUUUUGCAAACAUUAAUUACUUGUCUGGUCCCAUGGCCUAUGGGGGUAGAAGUAUUAAAGCCAUGCUGCAGCUAGCAGCCAGGAAAAUGAAGAAACUGGGUCAUUGGCCCGUUAGAGAUAGGGUUUAGGGAUAGAGGUUAGGGAUAGGGUCAGCGUUAGGGAUUAGA